AUGCAGCAAGAGCAAAUUUUUGGUUCUCCACCAGUGAUCCCGGAUCACCAGGCGAUCCUGAGCCGGCUGGCCAGGAUCGAAGUCGCGCUCGGUAUCACCGAGGAUCCCCAAGACCGCGAAGACGAAGUUGAUUUGCUUCAUGGGGAAACUCCCGAAGAAGAGAUUGACACUGUGCCACUACACGGUGUAUGGACGGCGCUUGCGCAUCUACGAGUCAUUACUCGUCCACCUCCAGAUGAUGGUGUCUGGUCGCGACCCGCUGUUCAGCAGCUAUGGAGCUCCUUCUUGAAGAACCUCCCACUUCUGCACUUCCUAACAGACCAUAGCGCGUUCGCUUCUCCGACCCCUGUCCUGCUCGCUUCUGUGCUCUAUAUCUCUGCUCUGCACCACCAGUCUACUGCGCUGGCAUCUUUAGACUCAGGCUAUUUUGCCGCUAUGUAUUGUGCGAUCGCUGAGCUUGUGACUCCACCUCUGCACCCAAGUUCUCUGCAAGUAUUAGAGCAAAAGGACGAAGAGCAAAAUCUCUUCCCGCAAGCCAAAAGAGAGAAAGCCUUUCACGAUAUCCUUGGGUUGAUAAUGGCUAGUCUAAGUUGCGAGGCUUACGUUGGUGCCACAGGAUCAUGGAUUGCAAUGGCAUAUCGUAUUUGGCUAGAUCAUUGCCCAAUAGAGAUGAAUCCCACUACGAAAGAUUGGCGUGGCUUGUUCUCCGGUCUCCAGGUCAUUGACAUCGAGCACGCCUCAAUGCACAUGUCCUAUCCACUCCUCCCACGACAUGCUGCAAAUCCAACUAUACAGCAGCUGGACAGUCACCAAGGAAAUGCCUUCCAGGGCCUUGCCGAAAUGAUGCACUUUGGAAUGAGUCAUUUUGUCGGCCGUGGACUACCGAGCAUAUGGUCCUCUUUGAAUGCAGAUGAGGCCGACAUUUUGCCUACAGCUCGGUCACCAUUUACUGAGAGUGACUUGCAGAUCAUCCGGCAUUGGGCAAGAAAACUUGAUGACUGGCUAGUAAGAUAUAAUGGCUCGUCCCGUGAGUCUCUAGGAGCCUGA